CUCUGCCUGUGGUACCCUGUGAGCUGGUGCAGCCAGACUGAGCGCAAAGGAAAAGGAAAAAAAACCAAACAGAUGAGUGUAGACAAUGAAGACAUGGCUCUGGGAACAGUGGAGCCGCUACAAGAUAGGAAUCCUGGGUCCUCAAAUCACUAGACAGAAGAGAGUCUCAUGCCAACCAGGCUCACCUGCCUUGAGUUUUUAGAGGGGUGGUCUCCUGUCCCAACAGAUAUCCCCAGUGCAUGAGACUAGCCUGCUGCAGAAGCCUAUUGUUGCCUUUUCUUUGACUUCUUUGAGUGUGAUCAUGGAAAGGCAUGUUGAGAUGCACUUCUACCAGCCUGGGCCCAUGUAAGGCCCUGAACUAAGCUGCAGGAAUAGGGUCUGUGGGCUUGGAUCUCCUAUUGCUCCUUGGUUCCCACAAGCUGCUGAGGGCCUUUCCUGGCUUGGAGCCACACCCAACUUAUCAGCAUGGUCAUCUUCUUUCCAAAAUUGAGCCUACCUACCAGAGGGACCAUGGUUCACUAGAUCACCUCCGGAGCUGUUAGUUACAACAAUACCCGUGGUUUAUCGAAUGAUUUCCACAUGACUGAAGCCAAGUUAAAUACAUACAUCCUGUCAUCUGAUGGCCAGAACAGCUUAAUGAGGCACUGCCUUUCUCGACCAGGAUGGCAGCAAAGACCAACUAGACCCAUUUCAGCAGCUCACCCCACAUCUUAGACUCCACAGAAUCUUCACCUUCCUAGGAACAUGUCCAGAAUGGACUCUGAGGGUCGAAGAAGAGAACUAACCUCCAGGUACUGUGGUUCCCCAUGGAGCAGCCGCAAGAAGAGGUAAAGCAGGCAGUCCUCAGGCUGAGCGAAGGAACAUUCUCAAGUUUUUAGGCGAACGAGCGGCUUGGUGCAGGCAGGAGACGUGCUGCCGGGCUGGCCUGCCCGGGGGAGAUGACUUCUCGUCAGGAGGGCGCCUCUGGGAAGAAGACCACGGGGGAAGCAAAGUUUCAGGGCAGCUGAGGAGCCUUCGCCGCAGCCCUUCCGAGCCCUGUCACCCCCCUGGCUAUGGAGGGCGGACUCUAAAAUGAAUCCCGAUCUGGACACCGGCCACAACACAUCAGCACCUGCCCACUGGGGAGAGUUGAAAAAUGCCAACUUCACUGGCCCCAACCAGACCUCGAGCAACUCCACACUGCCCCAGCUGGACAUCACCAGGGCCAUCUCCGUGGGCCUGGUGCUGGGUGCCUUCAUCCUCUUUGCCAUCGUGGGCAACAUCCUGGUCAUCUUGUCUGUGGCCUGCAACCGUCACCUGCGGACGCCCACCAACUACUUCAUCGUCAACCUGGCCAUUGCCGACCUGCUGCUAAGCUUCACUGUGCUGCCCUUCUCAGCGGCCCUGGAGGUGCUGGGCUACUGGGUGCUGGGCCGAAUCUUCUGUGACAUCUGGGCGGCAGUGGACGUCCUGUGCUGUACAGCCUCCAUCCUGAGCCUAUGCGCCAUCUCCAUCGACCGCUACAUUGGGGUGCGCUACUCUCUGCAAUACCCCACUCUGGUCACCAGAAGGAAGGCCAUCUUGGCGCUCCUCAGUGUCUGGGUCUUGUCUACAGUCAUCUCCAUUGGGCCUCUUCUUGGGUGGAAGGAGCCGGCACCGAACGAUGACAAGGAGUGUGGGGUCACUGAAGAACCCUUCUAUGCCCUCUUCUCCUCCCUGGGCUCCUUCUACAUCCCUCUGGCGGUCAUUCUGGUCAUGUACUGCCGUGUCUACAUCGUGGCCAAGAGGACCACCAAGAACCUGGAGGCUGGCGUCAUGAAGGAGAUGUCCAACUCUAAGGAGCUGACCUUGAGGAUCCACUCCAAGAACUUUCACGAGGACACCCUCAGCAGUACGAAGGCCAAAGGCCACAACCCUAGGAGUUCCAUAGCUGUCAAACUUUUUAAGUUUUCCCGGGAAAAGAAGGCGGCCAAGACCUUGGGCAUUGUGGUCGGGAUGUUCAUCUUGUGCUGGCUACCCUUCUUCAUCGCUCUCCCACUUGGCUCCCUGUUCUCCACCCUGAAGCCCCCCGACAACGUGUUCAAGGUGGUGUUCUGGCUGGGCUAUUUCAACAGCUGCCUCAACCCCAUCAUCUACCCGUGCUCCAGCAAGGAGUUUAAGCGCGCCUUCGUGCGCAUCCUCGGGUGCCAGUGCCGCGGCCGCCGUCGCCGCCGCCGCCGCCGCCGCCUGGGCGGCUGCGCCUACACCUACCGCCCGUGGACGCGCGGCGGCUCACUGGAGCGCUCGCAGUCGCGCAAGGACUCGCUGGACGACAGCGGCAGCUGCCUGAGCGGCAGCCAGCGGACCCUGCCCUCGGCCUCGCCGAGCCCCGGCUACCUGGGCCGCGGCGCACCGCCGCCCGUUGAGCUGUGCGCCUUCCCAGAGUGGAAGGCACCCGGCGCCCUCCUGAGCCUGCCCGCGCCCGAGCCCCCCGGCCGCCGCGGCCGCCAAGACUCGGGCCCGCUCUUCACCUUCAAGCUCCUGACGGAGCCCGAGAGUCCCGGGACCGACGGAGACACCAGCCACGGGGGCUGCGAGGCCGCGGCCGAUGUGGCCAACGGGCAGCUGGGCUUCAAAAGCAACAUGCCCCUGGCGCCCGGGCAGUUUUAGGGCCCCGCGCACCGCUUUCCAUCCCUGGGGAGGCGGUCAUUUGGGGGGAGGGCGGGGCGGAGGGGGGGAGGGCAGUGUUGGCGCCCGGUAGACGCGGGCCCCACGGGGAAACGGGGGGAGGGGGGCGGGGAGAGGGGCAGCUGCUUUUCUGGCAGGGGCAUGGGUGCCAGGUACAGCGUGGUGAGCUGGGCCGAGCAUGCUGAGAGCCUGGGGGACCCGACGCCGGCCGGGAUUUCCGUCUCUCUCUCUCUCUCUCUCUCUGUGUAUAUAUCUAAACGAGUCCCUCUGUACAUGUAUUUAACCGUGGGUACACGUGCGUGUGUCUGUGCGGUGUACGUGUGGUGUGAGUGUGUGCGUGUGUGGGGCCGCCCGCGCGGGGGCAAGAGCGAGUGUGCGCCCAGGAGGCAGCGGGGGCGUUUUUUGUCUUGUGACUUCGUACCUCUCAAGCCCCUCCUUGUACUUCCUGAACGGUGGCACUUUGGCGGGGUUGGAAACAAAGUCGGACAUUAAAGGUGGUUUCUCCUGUUC